AUCUCUCCUUCUCUCUCUCUUUCUUUCUCUUCCCUUCUCUUUCUCUUCUUCCUUUAUCUCCCUCCCCCUUCUCCUCCUCCUCCUCCUCCUUCUUCUUCCGUUCUCUCAUUCAUACCCCUCAUCAGUGUGUGUGUUUCCCUCCAUCCCCGCUUCAUCUCCUCUUUCUCCAUCACCUAUUUGCAUCCUUCAUAUUAAUACCACGAACUUAUUUUAAUAAUAGUAACCAUAUCUUUGUACCCUCCUUCCCAUCUCAUCUCUCCUCAUCCGAAUCUGAUUCCUCACACUCCCAGGCACACCUCUUCCUUUCCAUUCUUCAUUCCGUCUUAAUAGCCCUCCUUUUGUCCUGCUGGCCAGGACAAUCCCCAUACAUAUAUAUCCAACAUUCCUCACAACACCUACUCCUCCCAGGAACCGAUGACCGUUCCAAGCCGCCCACACGACCAGGAGACCAUUCUCGUCACUGGCGGCGCGGGCUUCAUCGGUUCACACACCGUCGUCGAGCUCCUCUCCUUGGGCAAGCACCUCGUCAUCGUCGACAACCUCUGUAACUCCUCAGAGGAGGCCCUGCAUCGCGCCAAAAUUCUCGCCAACAACAAUGGGUCGCUGGUCUUCCACAAGGCUGACAUUCUCGACGCCAUCGCCCUAGAACGUGUCUUUGAGCAGCACAAAUUUUCAGCUUGCAUUCACUUCGCCGGGCUCAAGGCUGUAGGCGAGUCUGCGCAGAUUCCACUUGGAUACUAUCAGACCAAUGUCACCGGCACCCUCAACGUAAUUCAACUGCUUCAAAAGUACAACUGCCGCAACUUCAUCUUCUCAUCCUCCGCAACUGUCUAUGGUUUGCCCACAUCCGAAGCUCCUAUCAAGGAGGAUGCCUCCAUAGGAGCCCUGAAUCCAUACGGGCGCACUAAGCAGUACAUCGAGGAGAUACUUCAAGAUAUUGCUGUGAGUGAGCCCAACCUAUGGAAUAUUAUCCUGCUCCGGUACUUCAACCCGGUCGGCGCGCAUCAGUCCGGCAUCAUUGGCGAGGACCCCAACGGCAUUCCCAACAACCUGAUGCCAUUUGUGGCUCAGGUGGCCAUUGGCCGACGACCAGUCAUCAGCGUCUUUGGAGACGACUACGACACCAAGGACGGCACCGGUGUUCGGGACUAUAUUCACAUUGUCGACUUGGCAAAAGGACAUGUCGCGGCAUUGAACAAAAUCCAGUCGACGGUGGCUGCCAACAGUGCCCUCGGCUGCGUGCCCUACAACCUCGGAUCUGGCGUCGGUUAUUCUGUGAUGGAUAUGAUUCACACCAUGUCCAAGUCCGUCGGCCGUGCGCUGCCCUAUAAGGCCGUAGCAAGGAGAGUUGGAGAUGUCGGCAGUGUGAUUGCCGACCCUUCACUGUCUGAGAGAGAGCUCGGGUGGAAGGCAGAAAAGACACUUCAGGACAUGUGCGAUGACCUCUGGCGGUGGCAGACCCAAAACCCUGAUGGAUACAUUACGACAUCAGGAACAUCAACGCCCACAACCCCAACACCAGCCUCGCACUCAUCCAUCGUCACGUUGCCAACAACGCUCUUACCCAUCGUCACAAGUGUCCCCAAGGCCACCCUGAAGCCAAUCGCGCUCGACACUGAGGCCGACUCGCCUGCAGCCUUUGCCAUGGCUCUUUCACCAUCCAGUUCACCAGCACCUGGACCUAAUGCCGACAUAGCCUUCUGAACGCAAGGUCAUGUUGUAAUGGAAGAGACGCUAUGAUGCAGUCGACGUUUUUGCUGUUGUCUUACUCUCAGUAAACAGCAGCACAGUCCGCUUAUAGAAAAAAAAAAAAAACAUCUUUGGCAGCACCCACACCGCAUAGUAUCUACCUAUUUAUUUAAUAACUAGUCCAUUGAUUUCUUCUUUUCUCCCCUCCUCCGCGCAUACAAAAAGACUGAUACCGGAGUGGUUGCUCCUCGGCCACGCUAUUUUGACACUUCAGCCCUUAGUCAUUAAUACUCGUCCCUCCAUGCCAGUACUCUAUUACAACUAAUAAUAAGUAAUUUUCGACAAUAACAACA